CGAAAUGAUGCUAAAUAUCUAGCACAACCGUGAGGACCCUGGUUAGGGCUGCCUUUAAUUGUGCCUGUAAUAUUGGUCUAUAGGCAUCUCUCCCAGCUGUAAUUCCAUUACUACAGAGCAAUAUCCCAGGGCUUCCCUGCUGUCGCACAGGCUGAGAGACAUGUUUUACUGCAACAGAGACAACUGCAAUCAGACAGACAAUGCCAAGGACAAAGCACAUCCAAGGAAUCUGAUCCCAGAACUUUGCAGACAGUUCUAUAAUUUGGGCUGGGUGACAGGGACCGGAGGGGGAAUCAGCCUCAAGUACGGGGAUGAAAUCUACAUUGCGCCUUCUGGGGUCCAGAAAGAAAGAAUUCAGCCAGAUGACCUGUUUGUCUGCGACAUCGAUGAAAAGGACAUCAGCUCCCCCCCGCCUUACCGAAAUUUAAAGAAGAGCCAGUGCACCCCACUUUUUAUGAAUGCUUACACCAUGAGAGAUGCCGGUGCUGUGAUCCAUACUCAUUCCAAGGCCGCUGUCAUGGCUACUCUACUGUUCCCAGGGAAGGAGUUCCUCAUCACUCACCAAGAGAUGAUCAAGGGGAUUAAAAAGGGCACCUCUGGUGGCUAUUACAGAUACGAUGAUAUGUUGGCCGUGCCCAUCGUGGAGAAUACUCCAGAAGAAAAAGACCUCAAAGAGCGCAUGGCAAGGGCCAUGACGGAAUAUCCGGAUACCUGCGCUGUGCUGGUCCGCCGCCACGGAGUCUACGUCUGGGGAGACACUUGGGAGAAAGCGAAGACCAUGUGUGAGUGUUACGAUUACCUGUUUGACAUCGCUGUUCAGAUGAAACAACACGGCUUGGACCCAUCGGCCGUCCCCACUGAAGAGAAAGGGAUUGUUUAACCCCGUCUCCUGAGUCAGAUAUUUAACAGGACUUUUAUCUCCUAUUCCCACGAUUCACACUGUUUGUUACCGUGCAGUGACAUUUCAUUAUAAUAUUCCAUGACCACCAUCUUCCAAUACAAGUAGCAGUUACCCCCCCCCCCCGCAAGUGCAAUGGAUCCCGUGAGACCUGCUGUUUAAACAGGAGCAAGAAGAACUGGUUUUUGGCACGAAUUUUCACCUCCAGUUGGGUAAUUCAGCAGCUGUCUGGUUGCUAGGGAGCCAUUCGCUAGAUAUAAAAUAUAAGUCAAAAGAAGCAACAAUAGCAUUGUAGCAUUACAGAGCAACAGACUUUCGGUGGCUGGGGUCAGUGACCCCACCGAGAACCAGAUGCACUGCAAGUCGGAAAGACUACAACAAAUGAAGAGCAAAGAACAGACUACAUCCUCUUAGAGUUUAUUUAAAAGGCAUAGUACCCCUUUAAAAGAAAAAAACUGUACGUUAAAUAAUAGUAUUUGAGAAACAGAUAAUUACGCUCCCAUUGCAGUUUGGCGGAUUUUAUUUCCUUUAAACCAGUUUCCCAUUACCAUUACAUGGUAGUUUACCAUGGACAGUUUACCAUUACAACGUUUGUAGCGUUCCGCAGUGUCCGUUAGUCUGGAGGUUGUCCGUUCAUGAUCUAAACCCAACUGAUGAUGCUCUACCUCAAACUGUCGUAGCACUUGGGUAAGCAUUGCACCUUAUUCUGUUCUGUGCAGCUGUUGUUAUUGUGCACUUCUGGGUACAACAAGGGUUAAGUUACUGUAAAAUAUACAUUGUCUGCCCCUUGUAAGUCUGAUUUUAACACUGCUAAAAGGACCGGUAGCAUCAAAAGCGUAAGUUCUUAUUCUGAUUGGUCUAAUUUAUUUGUGCUUUGUUCAUGUAAAAAUAUUUACUUUUA